GAGUAUGGAGAUAUAGAGUAUGCUAUCGUCAUAAGAAAUAAGAGCACAGGUGAAAGUAAAGGUCUGGGGUAUGUGAGAUACCACAAACCUUCACAGGCUGCCAAAGCCAUCGAAAACUGUGAUAAGACUUUUAGAGCGAUUAUAGCUGAGCCCAGAAACAAGAAUGCUUCAGCAGACAGCGAGUACGUCCCAAACUCCAGAGCGGAUCACGACCGGAGUGAUCCCGGCCCCAGCACUUAUGCAUUUGCACACGAAUCUACGAGUUACGCCACAGGAGAUGCGUGGAACCCUGACAUCAUCACACGCUGCCUGAUGGUAACGUCACGCGUAGCCGUAACGCAGGAGCAGAUAUACGGCCUGUUUGAUCUUGUCCCAGGAAUGGAUUUCUGUGAGAUGCAGCGAGACCAAUAUGGCUUCAGCAAAGGUCAGAUUGUGAUCCGCUAUAGUAAUCUGGGCUCUGCAGUUUAUGCCAAAGAGAAGCUAAAUGGCUUUGAGUAUCCGCCUGGUAACCGUCUAUCAGUAACAUAUAUAGAUGACGGAGAGGACAAGUCCAGUCUUGUGGGCAGAAUGGCCAUGCAGCUGGUGGCCGCUCAGAUGAUGUCUGUGGUCUGGAACGGACCCUCCGGUACACAACUUAUGAAGAGCAGCAUGGGCUGUGCAGCGCCUUCUGUACCUCCCGUACAUCCCAAACCCCCCAAACCCCGUGUACAGACGGAUGUACCUCUGCCUCCUCUGAAGAAACUGGCCCCGUCUGAAAGUGUGGCUAGAGAGAGACUCUUUGUGAUAUUCAACCCUUCACCUUUGCCUGUAGAUGUGCUGGAGGAUGUGUUCUGUCGUUUUGGUUCCCUGAUUGACGUUUACUUGGUUCCGGGUCGGAACGUUGGAUACAUUAAGUUUGCCGACCGGAAAUCUGCUGCGGAUGCCAUAGCAAUGCUGCAUGGUAAAGUGGUGAACGGGGUCAGGAUGAAGGUCUUGCUGGCAGACCCGCCGAAAGAGGAGUCGCAUAAACGCCAGAGAACUUACUGACCUUUGACCCUCAUAGAGUUUUAAGUGACAUGACGCAUGACCCCGACAUGACAGGACGGAUAUGACACGACGGACACUGACUGCUGCCAUUUCGGUUCAUUUAUAGAUCAUUUUUCUUACCUUUUUAACCUUUUUCUCUGUUUACUGUUAGCUUUAUAAGACCCUUUGCUUUAGGUGACUGACAAAACCACAGAUAAGUUUGAGCCAAUGCACGACUGUGUGUGUGUAAUUAUCAUUAUGUGUUUGAUGUGUACAGAAGCACCAAAUUAAAUGAUAUUAAACAAUCAAAUCAUC